AUGAUUACGAGGUCUAGUGGGAAUUCACCCGCGAAAUUUGAUCCCGAGAUUGAAGCUAGUUGUCGAAGGAACAACGCAAAUCGGAGACUACAACAACGACUGAGAAGUGCAAUGGAGGAACAAGGUGAAGAGAGGGAAAUCCCGAAGAGGCAGGCCGCAUUUUUGGAGUUGAGACGUGAUGAGCCGGGACCAAGUGCAAGUCAAGGAGAAAAGAAAGAUGGAGUCCCGAAGUUAGAGUUGAAACCUUUACCGGAGCACUUGAAGUAUGCAUAUCUUGAAGAGAAUGACACGUUUCCGGUAAUCGUUUCUUCUUACCUUUCUAAUUCGGAGCUUGAGAGAUUAUUGAGAGUCUUAAGAGGGCAUAAAUCGGCGAUUGGUUGGUCGAUUAGUGAUUUAAAAGGCAAACAAGGAAUAGCGGGGGUGCCGGUGUCCCACCUCGUGCUAACCGUCCACCGAACCCUCCUCCACCGAAUAAUCCACGAGCGCGAGUAA